UAUAUAUAUAUAUAUAACAUUUGCUUCUACCUUCACGUCUCGCACUCAACACUACACAGGCACAAAACUAAACUGUAAUGGAGGAGCUUCAAAAACCUACCCAAAACACAAACCCAGAACCUUCAGACUCCAACAAUGGCGAAACCUUCUUCGAUGAUAUAGACAGCAACUGUUCCACUCCUUACGUCAGUGCUCCUUCAAGUCCAGGUCGCGGCGGGCCACCUAUCUCCUCCGGUUACUUCUACAGUGCUCCGGCAAGUCCCUUACAUUUUUCUAUAACCGCUUCUUCCUCUUACCACCACCAAACUGCUACAACCUCUUCUGUUCCUCUAAGUUACGAGUUCGAAUUCUCAGCCCGGUUCGGAUCCACCGGCUCGGCCGUUCCCGGUUCAAUGACUUCCGCGGAUGAGUUGUUCCUCAACGGUCAGAUCCGUCCAAUGAAGCUUUCUUCUCACUUGGAACGUCCUCAGGUUCUUGCUCCUUUACUGGAUCUGGAAGAAGAAGAUGAGGAAGAAAACGAAGUUGUUCGUGGUAGAGAUCUGAGGAUGAGAGAUAAAUCUGUUAGGAGAAGAACCAGAUCUAUGUCGCCGUUGAGAAGUAACACGCAUUUGGAUUGGACAGAGAACGAGAACGCAGAAGAUGAACAUCAUCAAAACGAAGGUUCUGAGAUUGAAAACCAAGGCAAUGAUAAUGGUGAAAUGGAGAAUGUUAAAGUGGAUGAGAUGGGUUUGGAGAGAAUAGAGAUAAUAACACCUUCAGAUUCAGCUUCAUCUUCUAGAUCUUCUUCAGCUGGAAGAAGCUCUAAGAGAUGGGUUUUCUUGAAGGAUUUUUUAAGAAGCAAAAGCGAAGGAAGAAGCAACAACAAGUUUUGGUCUACAAUUUCUUUUUCUCCAAUAAAAGACAAGAAAUCAAACUCUAACAAUCAAAAUCUACAUCGCCAGAUUUCAAAGGAGAAAACCUGUGAAACCCAGAGAAAUGGUUCAUCAUAUAAAGGAAGCUCUUCUUCAUCUUCUUCGACUCAGAGUUGGACUAAGAAAAUGACGGGAAAGCCCAUGAAUGGUGUUGGGAAGAGACGCGUUCCACCUUCUCCACACGAGUUACACUAUAAAGCAAACAGAGCACAAGCUGAAGAGUUGAGGAAAAAGACGUUUUUGCCCUACAAACAAGGUUUGCUUGGUUGUUUGGGUUUUAGUUCCAAGGGUUAUGGGGCCAUGAAUGGCUUUGCUAGAGCCUUAAACCCUGUUUCCUCGAGGUAAAUUAUUCCCAUAUUCUUUUGGGGUUAUUUUUCUGCUCUUCAAAUUGUACAUACCAUUAUCACUAUUAGUGUUAUAAUUAUUUCUUAUAUCAUUUUGGAACUAUUAAUCCUUUAGCUUCAAGGUCACUCACCCAUGGUGAGAAUUAUAAGAUAUGAGGUUGACGAUGAUAAGAAAAAAACUAUGUAGAAUAUACUAUUGUACUCGCAGCAUUUUAUUAUUUACACUAUUGCUGUGAAGUAACUAGAGUUUAUUUAUUAUUUUUGUUAUUACUA